AUGCGACUCUUUGUUGCCCCCAUCGGGCUGCUGGUGGGAUCUAGUUUGGCGGUGCCCUUCCACCAUGGUCUAGAGCAUAAUCUUAACGCUCUCGCGCAACGUCAGGGUAAACACUGGUUUGGUACUGCAGCUGAUAUUCCCGGGACGGAGGAGACAACGAAUGAUGCAUAUUUGAAUAUUUUGCAAACCCAGUUCGGGGAAAUAACUCCCGCAAAUGCCAUGAAGUUCAUGUAUACAGAGCCGGGGCUGGAUUACUUCAAUUUUACUGAAGGCGACUACUUCAUGAAUCUAGCUAAAAGUACGGGGAAGGCCGUUCGCUGUCACAACCUCGUCUGGGCCAGCCAAGUGUCUUCCUUCGUCACGUCCACGAACUGGACCGCGGAGACGCUGAUCCCCGUUAUGAAGAAUCAUAUCUUCAAGACUGUCCAGCACUUCGGCAAGCGCUGUUAUUCCUGGGACGUGGUCAACGAAGCCCUGAAUAGCGAUGGGACAUUUUCUUCCAGCAUCUGGUACGACACAAUUGGCGAGGAUUAUUUUUACCUUGCAUUCAAGUACGCCCAGGAGGCGCUUGAAGAGAUUCACGCAAGCGACGUCAAGCUCUACUACAAUGAUUACGGCAUCGAAAACCCCGGGACCAAAGCUAAUGCCGUCCGGAAUCUUGUCAAGGAGCUGCGCAAACGUCACAUCCGGAUUGACGGCAUCGGUCUCGAGUCCCACUUUAUCGUUGGGAAAACUCCUUCGUUAGCCGAUCAAACUGCUACCCAGAAAGCCUACAUUGCAGCCAACCUGGACGUCGUGAUAACGGAGCUGGAUAUUCGGUUUUCAAAGGCUCCGUUUUAUAGUGCCGCGGGCCAAAAGCAGCAAGCUCUGGACUACAGUUGUCGGAUAUAUGAUGAUCCUAGGGGUAGCUCAAUGGAAGCAGGUGAUCGUAUAUAUUGA